AAAUAAGAGGCGGUUUGGGCGGCAUCCAAUAAUGAUCUCCCACGUAAUAUCAACCCCACCUUUUGUCAAUUGCUCUCUUCACUAUAUAUAUACAAAGAGCCCAUACAAAGCCCAAAUAACAGAAAAUAGAAAGAAGUAACAAAACCAAAGCAAAAAAUGGUGAAGAUCGAAGUUGGAAGUGUGGGAGACUCAUUCAGUGUAUCAUCUCUUAAAGCUUACUUGUCUGAGUUCAUCGCAACUCUUCUCUUCGUAUUCGCAGGCGUUGGCUCUGCUGUUGCGUUUGCCAAACUAACCUCUGAUGGAGCCUUGGACCCAGCUGGUCUUGUAGCAAUUGCAAUUGCUCACGCGUUUGCUCUUUUCGUUGGAGUUUCCAUUGCGGCUAACAUUUCUGGUGGUCACCUUAACCCAGCCGUGACUCUUGGCCUUGCCAUCGGCGGAAACAUAACACUCAUCACAGGUUUCUUCUAUUGGAUUGCUCAGUGUCUUGGCUCCAUCGUCGCUUGUCUUCUCCUCGUCUUUGUUACUAAUGGCAAGAGCGUACCGACCCACGGGGUCUCAGCCGGUCUAGGAGCGGUCGAAGGUGUCGUCAUGGAGAUCGUUGUGACCUUUGCAUUGGUCUACACCGUUUACGCCACAGCAGCUGAUCCAAAGAAAGGAUCGCUAGGGACCAUCGCUCCAAUCGCCAUCGGCUUCAUAGUUGGUGCCAACAUCCUCGCUGCUGGUCCAUUCAGUGGUGGCUCCAUGAAUCCAGCAAGGUCGUUCGGACCAGCUGUUGUCAGUGGUGACUUGUCCCAAAUCUGGAUCUAUUGGGUGGGACCACUUGUGGGUGGUGCACUCGCGGGACUUAUCUACGGUGAUGUGUUCAUCGGUUCUUAUGAAGCGGUAGAAACCCGUGAGAUCCGAGUGUAAUUGACUGGGUUUUGUGAUUGCUUGAUGGUUGGUUGAUGUUUUGUUUGCGUGUGUAUGUUUGGUGUCCACUUUCUUGCAAGAUUGUAUGUAGAGAAAAGAAAAAAAGUUAUGUCCUGUUAAUAAGAAAAUGUAUAUACAUUUCACUUCAUCUCCUUUUUUUUAACGUAUAGCAUGUUUGGUUUCUUUCAUAUGUUUUUGUAUUCUAUGGCAUUUUACUUUCAUAAAGUUAUCGACAUAAUUAAAACGUACUUAACGAUCGG